ACCCAAUACAAGAAAAUAUUAAGCAUUUAAAACAAAAGAUUACCUUCAAAGAUUUACUGCCAUUUCUUGUAGCGUAUGUGAAGCUCCAUUGUGCUGUCACUUUGCUGCUACUCUGUAAUCAUCAUAUUGCAGCUCUCACAAAAUAUUAAGCAUUUAAAACAAAAGAUUACAUUCAAAGAUUUACUGCCAUUUCUUGUAGCGUAUGUGAAGCUCCAUUGUGCUAUCACUUUGCUGCUACUCUGUAAUCAUCAUAUUGCAGCUCUCUCGUCUUUCCAUUUGCUGCUACUUUGGCAGCUUGAACACCACAACUCUAACAAUAGCAACAGGUUCGAGUGAGAACCAUGAGGAAGGUUCCCCAGAAGACUGUGAUUUCUCAGAUGCAGUUCUAAGAUACAUAAACAAAACGCUCAUGGAAGAAGAUGUGGAGGAAAUGACAUGUAUGCUUCAAAACUCUGAUGAGCUUCAGGCUGCUGAGAAGUCAUUCUACGAGGUUCUAGGCAAGAAAUAUCUACCUUACCCUGAACAAAAUAAUGAUGAAAACAAGGAGAGUCAAGAUAGUAGUUUCAUGCAAAAUUUGAAUGAACAACAAUCACCUAAUUUUCCCAUUUCUAGCAUAUAUGAGGCACCUUGUAGUGUGGUCACUAGUACUAUGGAUGGGCUUGCAGACUCGCAAAAUAGUACCAUUCAUGUCACAGAUUGGAAUGUCAAGAUUCAAUCCAUUCACCAAUUCAAGAAAGGGGUUGAAGAGGCUACUAAAUUUCUUCCUAGAGGAAACAACCAAUUUGUGAAUUUGGAUGUCAAUGUGGUGGCGCCUCCAAAGCUUAAUGUGGGCACUGGUGAUUUGCUGGUGCGGGAAGAGAAUAAGGGCGAGGAGCUGUUUGAUACGGUUCUGCUUUCUAGUUCCUUGCCAAGCCAAACAUCAAUUUCUGACCCAGGAGAAGCGUUGCAAAAUGGAACAAGCAAACUUUCCAAAGUAACUAAUGGUAGAAAGGGUUAUGGUAAGAAACGAAAUGGGAAAAAGGAGGUUGUGGACGUGGGAGCACUCUUGAUUCGUUGGGCAGAAGCUAUUGCAAAUGAUGACAGAAGGAACGCGAAUGAAUUGCUAACGCAGAUCAGGCAGCAUGCUUCAAUAGUUGGGGAUGGAAAUCAGAGAUUGGCUCAGUGCUUUGCGGAUGCCCUUGAGGCACGCUUGGCUGGCACUGGUAACGAAAUGUAUAAAGGCAUUGUUAGUGGAAGAAAAUCUGCUGUCGAUCACUUGAGAGGGUACCGUCUACAUAUAGCUGUAAUAGAUUUUGGCAUUCUUCAUGGUUUUCGAUGGCCCACGCUUAUUCAGCGGCUCUCCAUGAGACAAGGUAGACCACCAAAGCUUCGAAUUACAGGUAUUGUUAUUCUUGAACCUGGCUUUAGGUCAGCUGAGCGGGUUGAAGAAACAGGACGUCGCUUAGCAUCUUAUGCUGAAGAGUACACGGUCCCAUUUGAGUUCAUUGGUAUAGCAAAGCGAUGGGAUGCCAUUAAAGUUGAGGAACUCAAGAUCGAUAAGGAUGAAGUAAUCGUUGUUAGCUGUUUGGAUCGUGCCAAGAAGUUAGUUGAUGAAUCUGUGGCAGAAAAUAGUCCAAGAACAAUUGUUUUCAAUCUGAUACGGUUCCGACCGGCUUUGCUUCACUUCUCUGCAAUGUUUGAUAUGUAUGAUACCAUUGUACCCCGCGAUGAUCCAGACAGAUUGCUCAUUGAGAAAGAUCACUUAAGGGAGGAGUCCUUGAAUGUUAUUGCUUGCGAAGGCUGGGAAAGAGUAGAGAGGCCAGAGACAUACAAGAACUGGCAAAUCUGUAACCAAAGAGCCGGGUUUGUACAGCUCUCAUUUGACAGAGAAACAGUUAUAGAGACGAUUGAUAGAGUAAGUUCUCACUACCACAAAGAUUUCAUGAUUGAUGAAACGGACAAGUGGGUUGUACAAGGAUGGAAUGGAAGGAUAUUAUAUGCCAUUUCCAUUUGGAGGCCAGCACAGAGACAUUCAAUUUAGUCUUAAUUAUCAUGAUUGAUAGAUUGCCAUUUUAAGCAUAAGUGCUCCAGCAGAGAUAAUUAAGGACCAAAGCCAAUGCAGCAUGUACGUAGUCUUAUCAAUUGUCUUUUGUUCUCUACUCUCUUUAACAUAUUUGAAGUAAGAAACUCCAAAUUCUGAU